AUGACUUUGCCAUCACCCGAAAAUCCAAGCCCUGAUAAUACACCCAAAUUGCAAGACACGGUGACUCCCAGCAACCACGGAACUCCUCCCCCAACACCUCCUCCCCAGCCAGCUCCCAAUGUGUCUAGCGGUCAACCUGCUGAAUCAACACUCAAGGACGUUCAGCAGUUCUCGGACAAACAGCACCAACAUUCUGAAAUUCCAGCCGGAGAUCAAGGUCAAACCAACGCGCCAGCUGACCCACUUCUGGAUCCUUCCUCAGUUCCACCUCCCAAUCCACUGUCUGAGCCAGUACCACCCAAACAGGAGCCACCAACCUCGAUCCCUACCUCUCUCCUCCCUAGUCCACAUCCACCAUCUCAAACACCUGGCGGCCCAUCUGCCUCCACGAGCUCUCUCCCACACAGAAAUCAACCACCCCAAACUCCUUCCGAUGUGCCACCACAGCCCACCACCAGUUCAGAAUCUGCCGUACCUACCACAAACAACCCUCUUGAAGCAGGAGACAAGCUUCCCAACGAUACAUCCACCCCUCUCACCAACACCCUUGCGCACUGUACCCCUGAACUUGUAUCCAGUCACCACGCUCCAGCUUCUGAAUUCCUCGCAAUGUGGUCGCAUUCCGGGCGGAUAGUUGAACAUUGA